AUGCGAGUUGUGUCCAUCCUUUGGCGUAUUUGGAGAUCUCGGAAUUGGGUGGUAUUCGAAGGCAAGCAGUAUGGAUUUCCGGCUUUGAUGCGCCAGUUUUCCCAGCAGGUGGAGGAAUGGGUGGGGUUGCCAUUGGAGGCCUCCUCCCCCCUGAUUCUUAUUCCCGAAAGAAAUCACGCUGGAUCGGUGGAGCCUGAUAAUGGGAUUGUAUGCCACUGGGAUGGGGCUACUAGGAAGGGGUCUCAUUCGGCAGGAGGGUGGGUUCUCUACGAUGGGAUGGGGAAUGUUCUCCUGGCUAGUGGGGUCCAGUUCCCUGGGAUGGAUGAUCCGGCUGUGGUGGAGCUGCUUGUGCUUCGGGAGGCUGUUCUGUGGUGUUUGGAUCAUGGUUUUACGGAGGUACGGUUUGAAGGGGACGCUAAAAUGAUCAUUGAUAAAAUCAAUAAGGCGGAUACUCGUGAUAGCCAGCUGGGGGCAGUUCUGGAAGAGGUAGUGCACGCUGUUGGUAGUACCCCCGGUUACAGUGUUCGGUUUAUAGGUCGGCGUAGAAAUAGGGUAGCCCAUUUGGUGGCUAGAAAAGCCCUUGCUUUGUACCCGACUUUGAAUCGUUGGUUUGAUUUUCGUACCUGCUUGUUGUCCAGAAUGUAA